GGCGUUUCCAUUAUAUAUAUAAGGGUAUUAGGCCUUCACAAUGAAGAAGCACACCUCCUCUGCUAUACAACCAAAUUCUUCACUCCAACUCUUCUCCCAUACACGUCCUCACUACUCACACGACUCAUACAAAUACCACCACUAAAACCGGAAUAUCCCAACAUGCCGUCUUCCACCUCGAAUGUGCCCGCCGGCUCUGGACAGACAGUGGCAACUGGCGCAAGGGGAGGUCCUUACCAGUACUAUCCAUGUGUGAACGCAAAUUCUCCAGGACAUGCAGUCUCCUAUACCUGGAGACUUCGUCCCGGUGAGCUAUGCGAAAAUUGCCGCGUUAGUGGAUUGAAACUACGUCAAUUAGUCGUAUGUACUGACCUGUGUUACAGCUCGCAGGCCGUUAAUCAAUGGACAACAAAUGGACUGGAAUAUGCUGCGAGAGAAUACGGUUCUGUCGAUAUCAGAUUUCGUCGGCUCACGCCAAUUGUCCAGAAUGUACAAUGCUCGAUUUGAAGCUUUGAAGCUUUCCCGGAGAUUCUAUUUCUGCAUGUUGAGGAUUAUUUGAGUGGUGGACAUUGGAGUUGAAUUUAUCCCCUUCAUGUUGCAGCGAGAAAUUGCGCUGGUUACCAUUUCUCUUUACAGCUCCACCUUCUGAAUCAAAU